AUGAAGUACUCCAUAGGUACGCCGCCGUUUGAAACCUACGGCAUCGCCGAUACCGGCAGUGACGUCACCUGGACUCAGUGCGAACCAUGCACUGAUUGCUUCCCGCAAAGCUUGCCGGUGUUUGAUCCGAAGCACAGCAAAUCGUACAAGACGGCCUCGUGUGACUCAGAUGCCUGUGCCCUUGUCGGCUCUAGCGCCGGCGAAUGUUCCAACCGAAACGUUUGCCAGUACCAGUUAACCUACGGCGACAAUUCUCAAAGUGUCGGUGACGUGGCGACUGAUACUCUCACCAUCGGCGAUUCCUCGUUUAAGAACGUGGUGUUCGGGUGCGGCCACCAAAAUAGCGUUACUUUUUCCGGCAACGUCUCCGGCAUUGUCGGUCUCGGAAACUCCAACAUCUCGAUCGUUAAACAAUUGGAUAAAGAUGUCGGCGGAAAAUUCGCUUACUGUCUGUCUUCUCAGCCUGAUUCCAAAAGCCAUAUAAGUUUCGGCAAAGACGCCAUUGUUAAGGGUACUGGUGCCGUUUCAACUCCCUUCGACAUAAAUCCUGAGCAAUCUACAUUUUACUAUCUCUCCUUAGAAAGCAUCAGCGUCGGCGACCAAAGCUUCCCAUUGAAGCAAUCUGUCUCUUCUAACGUUGGUGGUCGGCGCGCCGGCAUUAAAAAAACCUCGGCCAAUGGCAACAUUAUCAUUGAUUCAGGAACCACGCUGACAAUGGUCCCGUCCGACACGUUCGAAAGUUUAAAAUCGGAGUUGACGAAACAGAUCCCGAAAACUCCGAUAGACGAUCCUCAAGGCCAAUUCGGUCUAUGCUACUCGACUAGUGACAAAAUUGAGGUGCCAAAAAUCGUUGCACAUUUCUCCGGCACCGAUUUAGAGUUGUCACCUCGAGGAUCAUUUCUUGAAGUAGAAGAAGGUAUAUCUUGUUUCACUAUAAUUCCAGGUAGUAUCUCCAUCUUCGGCAACCUGUCCGAGGUAGAUUACCUUGUUGGAUAUGAUUUAAAGGCAUAG